AGAGGAGGACCGUGAUGUUUUCGCACGUUUUCGCGCGUGCAACGCAGGUGUAAGUGACAGGCUACUGCAGGCGCAGGAAGUGAUUGCCGCGAUGUUUUGAACAUUUAAGCAUCACACGUUCCGUUGAUUCGUAAGUCCGCUCUACAGGCUUUGUGCUGUCAUUCUUGGUUACGCUGUUGCACCUGGCCACACAUCUUGGAGCGUGAUUCUGACUGGUGCUCUUUUGCAUGCAGACCAUGUACGAUUUGUGCAACAGCCAUAGUGAUCAUACAGCAAGUCAAUGCAUGAGACUUCAUCUGCGUGGUGGUUGCACAGAACACCUACGGCCGACGUUGCGCAUAUUGAGAGACCGUCAACAACUUGCUGAGCUCUGUGUGAAAGCUGUGCCCAAAAUUCUCGGAUCACCGUGAGCUAGCUCAUCGUCGUGUCAUUGCGCAGCAGAAUAACCAGCGCAAUAAACGAAACUCGAGUCCAGCAUGCGAAUAAGCCCUGAGCGGCACGUCGGUGAGUUGUAUCCUGGCACUGGCAGCAACCUGCGUGUGUGUGCGUGCGCGCGUGUGCCUACGUGCGUGUAACGUAGACACGGAGACAAAGUGAUGUUGACUGCACUUAUUCACCUUGCGUAAUCCUUCAACACCUUGUCAACACAGUGCUUCUUAACCUAUUGGCACUGCACGGGAUUGAAACCGCAGAAAAACGGCUGACAUCAUGAGCGAAAGGAAUAGUGCUGAAAGAAAUCGGGGCACCAAAGAGAAGCGCUGGAGACACGCACAGUCACCAUUGCGCACUGUGGUGUCUACUAGUGUGACAGAGGUAACUGCCAUUGAAGAAGCUGAUGGUGUUGGCAGAAAGGACAUGAAAAGGAAAUAUUGGGAAUUGUUCACAUGGGACAGUGAUGAGCACAGCGGAGGAAAAAAGAAAUAUAAGCACGGUAAACGACGUGAAGAUUCUGUAGGAAAAUAUUCUGCUUCUGGUGAAGAGGAAAUGUUCGCUGACAAACGUCCCGCAACUUUAGACCGCCACUCUGUCACUAGUAGUCAACUUGUUGAGGUGGGCCAAGAAGACAGGAAAUCCAAGAAGGUGAAAAAACGAGUGCACAUCGAUAGUAGCGAAGUUGUGGAUGUGUCUUGUCUUGGAGAAACUGAGGAAGAAGUUGAAGUUCAUGGCAAGAAUAAAAAGGACGAUGAUUGGACUCCGGAGUAUUGCGUUAAAGGUCACAAAAAAAGGCAUGAAGCACGGCAGGACAGCCGUUGUGCUGAAAGUGAGGACUUGCUGCUUUGCAGUGACAAGACUCUUAAGGAUGACACUGCACUGCCAAAUGACAAAGGCAACCACACAGCACUUGAAAACAGCAAUGAAGCCAUGAUGUCUGAGGCAGGUGACAGCCAAACUGUAAAGAGUUCAACCAAAAAGAGGUGUAGAAGUACCGACAAGUAUAAUCAGGCAGUCAUUAGUCCAGAUCAUCAAGUGAAACAUGUUAAAACUAGUACUCCUAACUAUACAGAUGAUAUAGUGCUAUCUAACAAUACUGAUCAAAGUGGUCACACGGCCUCUCAACAUGCUGACAAUUCUUCGCAUGAAGGUGUAAGACCAGUAAAAGCACCGAAGCUUUCCUCUCAGAAAAAAAGACGAAAGCUGACCAACGUAAAAGAAAAUGAUGAGUCCUUGUUUAAUGAUAACAUUCCUGAUAAUGAUGCGAUUUCACCGGAGACCUUGGAGGAAAGAGCAUCAACAGUACCAGAAGACCACGAUGAUGAGGAAAGGGCAGAUGACAGUACGUCAAAGAAAAAAGCAAAGCUUCACAGUCUCCAAAAGCUGGGAAAUGGCAAAAUACUAUCAAAAGCAGGGGCAGGCAAUUUAAGCCCUGCAGCUGAAAUGUCUGAAAGUACUUUGGCAAAUGAGAGUGAUGCCCUAUUUAGUAGCGAGGAUGGUGGUCGUGGUAGAUGUAGUGGGGACACGUCUCAUGAUCUCACACCUGAGCAGGCAUGGCAUUUGACAUUCUCAUCAAGCCUUUUACCAAGCACCUCUAGUUUGCAGAAAGGUGCCUCGGUAUCCAAAUCCAGCUCCUUGUUGAAGCCAUGCAAGCAGAGGAAAGAAGCUGCAGCAUUUAAUGACCCACGCACUGAGCUGCUUGACACCACUCCAUCAGAAACAGCAUUUCGUAACGAUGAAGAAAACUUCAGCUCUCCUGUUGAUUCGGAAUUUUUGGAUUACUUGCGUGGCAAACAUGGCUUCCCUUCUAUUCAUGAGAAAACGAAACCAUCAGCUGAAACAAUAAGGUGCUACGAAGAAGAAACAGGACUUACUAUCGAUAAUGGAAAGUACACUGCUAAGGAGGACCGUAUUCUUCUCAGGAAUAUUUACGGCAUAGCAGAGUAUUACAACAUACGCUAUCCUUAUAUGAUUGUGGGACACUCUGGUGAUCAUGACCCGGCUUUACAGAAGCAAGUAAAGGAUCUGGUUAAAAAAAAGAAGUUGCUGCGGAUAUUAGGUAGAGGAUUGCCUCGAAGGACAAUUCAUUCUGCCUAUAUGCGGGCUCGUAUUUUGUUGAAUCCCCUAGGCAGUCCUUCAAAGGCAGUGCUCACUCCAGAACAGAAAAAACAGGUGCUACGCAUGUAUGACACGGUUGGGCCCAGAUGGACAGAAAUGGCACAAAAGAUGGGCCUUGGAGCGGAGCAGUUGAGAAGUGCUUUUCGUUUUUUCAAGGAAAAAGAAACCUUUGCAACUGGCAAGUGGGAAGAAUCGGAAGAUGAUCUUCUCAAGGAGGCGGUUGAGUGUCAGACUGGUGAUGGCAAGAAAAAACUGAAGGACAUCAACUGGCAGGCAGUUGCUGAUCAUGUACGAAGUCGAAGUGCAGUUCAGUGUAGGAGGCGGUGGACCUUGAAACAGCUGAAAUGUCAGCCUAAGAAGGGACAACGAAAAUGGAACAAAUUUGACUCUAUUCACUUGAUCUCCAUAAUGCAUGGGCUCAAUGCCAGGAGGUCAUCUGAAGUUGACUGGGAAGCUGUUGGGGAGUCAUUCCCAUGGGCACCAUCUCCCUUGGUUGCCAAGUAUCAUUGGGAAGGCACACUUAAUUUUUAUCUCCCGGCAGAACAGCGGAAGGACUUUCAUUCUAAGGUGAAGAAUUUGUACAAGAUAGUACUGCCACACCUGCUUACAAAAUAUGGGAAAGGAAAGACUUUGGAGGAAGUUAUAGCACUUUCCAAGGCUCAAGAGCGCACCGAGAAAAGCCCACGGCAACUCAUUGCCCCUCAUCUUCCACUUUGAUUGCCUCACUUGUAUUUCUGAAGCUGCUUCAUGUUUUUUCUUUCCUUCUCAUUGACUGUCAUUGCAUGUGGAAAUGACAGGAAAGUGUUAAGUUUAUUAUACAUGAUGCAUUUUGAUCAGGACCAUGUCUAAUAAAUUUCAUUUUGGACCUUGUUAAA